AGGUGAUAUUUGACAGGCUGCGCGCGGGCGAGCUGCCGCGGAGCGCCCAGCAGGGGCUGACAGCAUGGCCUCGCCCGACCCGCCGGUCACCAGCUAUGCCCCGUCCGACGUGCCCUCGGGGGUCGCGCUGUUCCUCACCAUCCCUUUCGCCUUCUUCCUGCCGGAGCUGAUAUUUGGGUUCUUGGUCUGGACCAUGGUAGCCGCCACCCACAUAGUAUACCCCUUGCUGCAAGGAUGGGUGAUAUAUGUCUCGCUCACCUCGUUUCUCAUCUCCUUGAUGUUCCUGUUGUCUUACUUGUUUGGAUUUUACAAAAGAUUUGAAUCCUGGAGAGUUCUGGACAGCCUGUACCACGGGACCACUGGCAUCCUGUACAUGAGCGCUGCCGUCCUACAAGUACAUGCCACGAUUGUUUCUGAGGAACUGGACCCAAGAAUUUACUACAUUAAUUCAGCAGCCUCGUUCUUUGCCUUCAUCACCACGCUGCUCUACAUUCUCCAUGCCUUCAGCAUCUAUUACCACUGAUGCACAGGCGCCACGCCAAGGGGGAAAUGCUCUUUGAAAGCUCCAAUUAUUGGUCCCCAAAAGCAGCUUCCAACGUUUGCCAUCUGGAUGAUAAACUAAAACGUCCACAGGAUUAACAGAAUGUCCUUGCAGACUGAGCGAUGACACCACAUUUUCUUUGGACAUUGAAAUUCACUCUGCUGAAUAGGAGGAAGCUUUUCUUUUUCCUGGGAAAACAACUGUCUCUUGGAAUUAUCUGACCAUGAACUUGCUCUUCUAGACAACUCACAUCAAAGCCCUCACUCCACUAAUGGAGAAUCCUAGCCCCACUAAUGCCAAGUCUGUUUGGGGAUUUUGCCUCAGCUAUGGGCUUCCCUAGAGUAGGUCCAGGGGAAUACUCAGUCUGAUUCUCUCUCUCUUUUUUUUUUUUUUUUUGAGAUGGAGUCUCGCUCUGUCCCCGAGGCAGGAGUGCAUUGGCGCGAUCUCCACUCACUGCAAGCUCCGCCUCUCGGGUUCACGCCAUUUUUCUGCCUCAGCCUCCCGAGUAGCUGAGACUACAGGUGCCCGCCACCACGCCUGGCUAAUUUUGUUGUAUUUUUAGUAGAGACGGGAUUUCACCAUAUUAGCCAAGACGGUCUCGAUCUCCUGACCUCGUGAUCCACCCACUUUGGCCUCCCAAAGUGCUGGGAUUACAGGCGUGAGCCACCGUGCCCUGCCUGAUUCUCUUAAAAUUGAAGAGGUGCCGCCAAGGCCUUCAGAUCUAACGCAGAUGCACAGACCUUGUUCCUGGCACUUGUUCAGCCUGUGCUGGGGAGCCGCGGUCCCGCGUUCCCGGGGAGGCUGUCAGGGUCAAGCCACCCUGCCCACCACCCUCCCACUUCCCCUCCCCUUUCCUCUCCAGCAUUGGGAUCCAAGGAAAAUCUGCAUGAAGCCAAUGUUGAGGGUAGAUGUGUGUGGAAAAUAAAUCAUUAUACAGUAAGACCUGGGGCUUGAGGGGUGGGGAAUGGGGAGGGAAGGGCAUAGCCUGCUCCUCCAUGAGUCUGACAGCUCAGAAACUGCGCAGCUGCCAGAUGCCUGGGUCAGGACUCCAAGACCCCACCUCUUAAGGACUAGAAAAUGCCUGGUUCCUCAGAAAAGACCCUCAGGGAAGAAGGUGAAAACAUUACAUCCAAGGAUUCUCCUGCCACAACCACAUUGGAAGAAAAGGCUGCCACAUCAUCUCAGCGAGGAGUGAAGGACCCAUGUCCCAGGAACCGCGCUCCUCCACCUGCACUCACCCCCCUCACAUUGUCUUAAGCACCCGGUGGCCCUCCAAGGCCUGGCGGAAUGGUGGUCCCACGGGGUUGGGCAAGGGCUCACCAGGACCUCAACGGACAAAGUUGUGCACACUAAAAUAUCAAAUCAAGGUGCUUGGUUUUAAAGUAAAUGUUUUUCUAAAGAAAGCUGUGCUCUUCUGCUGACCCAGAUGAAUAGGGCACAGCCCUGUAACUGCACGUGCCUUCUGUCAUUGGGAAUGAAAUAAAUUAUUAUGAGAAAGGGACUUGUCCUAACUGGUUUGAGGCCUUACAGUUUUGUAUCAACCUUUUUCCCCUCCUGGGGUUUGCGGGGACAGGGACAGAACUACAGGAGUCAUGGGAAAGAAAAUUCUGGCUUCACUACUGCUCACUGCUCACUUUCUGAUCACUCUGAUACUUUUUUUUUUUUUUUGCAACCUGAUACCUUGAAAAGCUUCCAUGUGUCUCUCCUUUUGUUGCCUGGCAGCUGUCUAGGAUGAUCACUGUUUAAUAUUUACUAAGUAGCCACAUGCAAAUAAAAGUUGUUUGUGUGGUAAAAAGGA